GCUGCACUUCUUUUUCUUCGGGACAACUCAGCUCUCUCGAUCACUUGUUUGCAUUCUCCUUGCAAUGAGGCCCCUACGUGGAUUCCUUGUGCUGCUAAUCUCCGUGAACUCUGUCCAAGCUUGGUUUAAAAAAUCUCCAAAGCUUGAAAAGAAGCAGCCACCAUUCUGCACAAAGCCGCCGUUUCUAGGCAGCUGCCGACCAUUGACGCAGACUUGGUACUACAACUCUACAGAAAAACGCUGUACACCAUCAAGUGCCGGCGUUUGCAUUGGAGGAAGCAACAGGUUUGUCUCUGAAAAGAAGUGCAAAGAGACAUGCGAAUCACCCUCUAAGGCCACGCCCUCUAACACCAUGUGCCUUAAAUCGCCGGUCACAGUUUCCUGUGGCCAGGUAGAACAUGCUUGGUUCUUUGACCCGGACAGCAGCACCUGUAAAAUGUUCACCUACAUCGCAUCCGCUUGUGGGAGUGUAAGCAACAAAUUUUGGACAGAGAUGAUGUGCCAGGCUGUGUGCUUACCAACAAAAAAGCCGCAGAUAACGUGCAGCCAGGAUCCUGUACCUGAUAUUUGUUUUGCGCAAAGGAAGAAGUGGUUCUUUAACUAUAGGAAUAACACGUGUAUGCAGUUUCCCAAGGGCUGCGGAAAAGCUGCCAACAGCUUCUCUACGUAUGAGAAGUGCAUGGGGACAUGCAGCUAUAACCAAGUAGCGGCGGCCUGCCCAACUUGCGGACCAAACCUCCAAAACGAGCUUCCGCUCAUAGGUAUACCCGGUGUGCCUAGCCAAGUUGGCCCACCCAGACCACCAGCCCAGCCCAGCAUACCUGUACAACCUGGCCAACCAAGUACACUCGGCUUAGGCUUAUCCAACCAACCUGGUCACUCCAGCCUACCCAUCCAAAGCGCCGGAUCCGGUGUGCCUGGUCAACCUAGCCCAGCAGGAGCCCCCGGUUCCGCCAGCUCUACCUUCCCGCCCAUUAUGCCAGCGCAAUCUGGUCCAUCUAGCAGAACCGACAUAGGCUUACCCAACCAGCCUGCUCUUUCCGGCCAACCUGCUCAAAGCACCAGAUCAGGUCUGCCUGGUCAAGCUAGCUCAGCAGGAGCUCCCGGUCACGCCAGCUCUACCUUGCCGCCCAAUCCACCAGCGCAAUCAGCUUCGCUUCAAAAAUCCUUCAAGUUUGAAAAGAAGCAGCCACUGUUCUGCAAAAAAUCGCCGUUUCUAGGCAGCUGCCGACAAUUAGCACAGACUUGGUACUACGACUCUACAGAAAAGCGUUGUAAACAGUUAAGUGUCGACUUUUGCAAUGGAGGGAGCAACAAGUUUCUCUCCGAAAAAAAGUGCAAGGAUACAUGCCAAUCACCGACUAAGACGAUGCCCUACAUGUGCUUUAAACCGCCGGUCAGAGUUUCCUGCGGCCGAAUAGAACGUGCUUGGUUAUUUGACCCAAACACCAACAUCUGUACAAUGUUCUUCUACACCGCUUCCACAUGUGAGAAUGUUGGCAACAAGUUUCGGACAGAAAAGAUGUGCCAGGCUGCCUGCUUACGUGGGCAGGCUACGGCUACGAGCCCUACGUCCAAACAACACCCAAACGAGCUUCCAUCUGGUGUAAAACCCAGUGUCCCCGGUCACUUCGGGCACAAUGUCAAUCCUGGCCAGCCAGCGGUACCCGUGUCACCCAGCAAACCCAGUGAACCUCCAAAAGACGGACAAGUGAGUCCAGUUGGUUCACCUGGCCAACCUGCCCGUCCUGGCCUACCCAAUCAAACUGGCCCAUCCCAAGUUCAAGGACCAACCAGCCCAGUCGGCCCAGCUGCACGGCCUUCCCCUACUACUCUGCCCAUCCAGUCCGGCCUGCCCCAAAAACCUGGACAAGUGAGCCCAGUCGGCCCAAAUGGCUUACCUGGAAAAACCAACCCUCUUGGUCCACUGAUACAAUCCGGCCUGCCACAAAAUCAAGGGCUUGUCAGCCGAUUCGGGCCAGCUGGCCACUUUACAAUGUUUACGUCACCCGUGCCAGCUGGCCUACCGUCGAAAACUACAUAUGUCAACCAAGCUGGCCCAUCUGGUGGGCCUGCCCUCCCUGGCCGACGCAUCUAGUCCAGCAUAUCUCAAAGCCUCUGAAAUGUCAGCCAAGUCGGCCCACCUGGCAUGCUUGCCCUGCCUAACUCACCCAAUUCUACCCAGAAAACCAGGCUUCUCCUCACCCGGCAGACCUGUAUCACCAACCUUAUCAACCCACCUGAUCAGUCCUGCUCUUCAGCGCAGUGACGCCCUACAAAUGCAUCAGCCCAGGCGGGCCACUCCAACCCACCCAGCUUGUUUUUCUCCAGCGAACCUGCUUUGCCCACUGUUAGGGCGUAUCAGCCAACCAAACCUGCUUUAUUUCCAGCCUAUAACUCGACUCAAAACUAGAAUAUAACCGUUCAAAGUUACUCUACUGCUUUAAAGACUACAAAUUAAAAUUUUUGAGAUUUUUUUUAUCCACCA